AGGUCUUAAACAGAGCUGAUAGGAGACAGUCUGUGGAAAGGGCAAGAGUUGGGACCUAGCAUACUGUGAGUCAGGACCAAGGAGGUGAGCUGGUGCUUAGACAAAGCUCCACCUGACCCCCAUGGCCUUCCUGGUGGCUGGGACCCUGCAGGCGGCCUCACAGUUGGCUGAUGCUCAAGACAGCCUGGGGAGAAAGGUAAUGGGAGGCUGCACCUGGCCCAGCCUGCUCCAGACACCCAGCAGAGCCCCAGCCGGGCCCAGCUCUGGCCUUACCUCCUCAGGGGGAAUACAGCCUGCAGGGUUCAAGAGUGGCCCUGACACUCAGCAGCCAUGGGGUGUCCACUGCUACCGUUGCUGCCCUGGACUGUGUGUUCCGGUCCCUGGGCUUUUAAAACUGUGAGAAGAGGAAGACCUCUGUUCAGUGCUUUCUUGAGGAGCUGGUGUGGUUUCAGGAGCAGCUGGAUGCCCACAAGGGACCUGUGGGCUGUGCCCUUGUAGCCUUAGUGGCCCCCAGUGGGCAGCUGAGGCACGUACAGCUGCUGGUCCAGGAGCUGAGUCGCUGUGGGGCUCUGAGGGGCUGCCCCAAAGUCUUCCUCCUGCUCUCAAGUGGCUGUGGUGCUGCACUGGCCUGAGGGAGCUCUGUGGCCGCUCUCCUCACUGGUCCCUGCUGCGACUGCUGACAGAGGUGGAGGCCUUAGAAGGCGAUGGUGGUCCUGUGGUCACCCUGGCCCUACUGUGCUGUCCUGAGCUAGUUCCAGUUAAAUUCUUUCACAUACCUGGCCCCCAUUUAUUCUACAAACCUUUAUUGCCUACACAUUGUAUAGGCCUUGGGCACAGCUCUGCCUCACAUGGGACCCCCAGACAUCCAGGCUGCCUCACGUUCCAUGCCCUUGCCCAAGCAGCUCUCUCUGUGUGGCAUGCCUCCCUGUCCCUCCUAGGCUAUCAGCAGUGGCCUUCCUUGUGGUCUGGGCAUCCAAACUGGUAUUUCCAGCUGUCCAUUUUGACACUCAUCCAGGCAGUGAUUAAUGUCACUGAGGGACUGGGACUGAUUCAGGUCUGGUCCUGGGGUCUGAAGUUCUCACUGCGCAGUUGGGUGGUGGCUGGGUGAUCCUGUAGGUGAUCCUUCAGGCCUCAGCUCUUCUCCAUAGCUCUGACAGGAAAAUGCCUAUGGAGAGCCCUCCUCCAUAGGCCUGCUCCAUUCUAGUGAGGUCCCUGCCUUUGUGCACACUAAUCCCUGAAGCAGGGCAGGAGGUAAUGAUAUAGCCACUGUCCACUUGAGGCCAGGGAAGUCAAUGACCUGGAGCCUGAACUAGACCUGAGGUCUUGUUUAGGACUAUCCUUCCUCCUCCUCCUCCUCUCUCCCUUCUGGCAGUUAACCCCCAAGAGCCUGUAGUAGCCAGGAAUCUGCCAAGUCUUCCCCUGGAGUCAGGGUCCCGUCACCUGCUUGGGUUGUGCCCCUCCCCUGAGAUCCCUCACUGAGAAGCCCCUCUGAGGUAUCCUGGCAUCCCACACUCCCAGCUGUUCUGCAGGGUAGCUGAAGAGUCUACUGGGGACACCUACUGCCUGUUCUUUCAGAGCUCCUUGAGGGGAGUACUAUGCCUGGGAGGUGUGGAGCCCUGGAUGCCUGAGCCAGAACCCAGUCCCAGGGCUCAGUAUGACCUGUUGGGGGUCAAGACUGCCCUCCUCCUGGCUGUGAUCCAAGACCAGCCCGGAGCACAGCAUGAUGUGAAGGCACUGGGGGACCUGUGCCGGUCCCCGGGUUUCGAGAUCACCUUGAGAAUGGACCCUACAGCUCAGGGGUUCCAGGCAGAGUUGGCUCAGUUCCGAGAGAGGCUGGACACCUGUAGAGGCCCUGUGAGCUGUGCCCUUGUGGCCCUGAUGGCUCAUGGGGGGCCACAGGGGCAACUGCUGGGGGCUGACGGGCAAGAGGUGCAGCCAGAGGCACUGGUACAGGAGCUGAGCCACUGCCGAGCACUACGGGGCAGACCCAAGAUCUUCCUGCUACAGGCCUGCCGCGGGGGAAACAGGGAUGCUGGUGUGGGGCCAGUGGCUCUCCCCUGGUAUUGGCGCUGGCUUCGGACACCUCCAGCUAUCCCUACACAGGCAGAUGUCCUCCAGAUCCAUACUGAUGCCCAAGGCAGCCCCUCCAGGGGCCCCAUUUCAGGAAGCUCUGAUCAAGCAGACAUCCUGACAGUUUAUGCAGCCACUGAGGACUGUGUGGCCUAUCGGGAUGAGAAGGGCUCUGACUUAGUCCAGACGCUGGUGGAGGUCCUCAGAGCCAACCCCAGGGGAGACCUCCUGGAGCUGCUGACCGAGGUCAACAGGCGGGUGUGUGAGCUGGACGUGCUGGGGCCAGACUGCAAUGAGCUCCGCAAGGCCUGCCUGGAGAUCCGCAGCUCCCUCCGGCGCAGGCUCUGCCUGCAGGCCUAAGGGCCCUGCUACAGCCGCCCGAUCCACUCCUUGACUUCUUCAGGACAAAGGGGCGGGCAGCCUGGGCAUGGGCGUUUAAUUGGCG